UUGUGUCCGCGCGUUCAACGAUACCGUUUCGCAAAACGUCAGUUAUCCGUAAUGCCGCCGCGUCGCCCGUUUUUUUUUUUUUUUUUUUGUCUCGCGACGACUGCUGCGGCACUGUCGGCUGUCAUGGUGUCGUCUGUUCGCGUUCUACAUGCCCGCCAAUUGUUCCUUUCCCCCGCCCACCGCCGCUGUCCGCAUGUCCCGUUCAUCUCUCGCUCGUGUUCUCGUGUAGCGUUGACGAGCCGUUCGUGUAUUAUUGCGUGGCGUCACCAAUCGAUUCGCCAGCACCGCCCGCGAUUUUUCAAUUAUGUUUGCGCGUCCUAAUGAUCGUACAACAAUUAUUUUUUGAUAGAUGCACCCAAAAGACGGUGUAUCGAACUCGUUUAAUAUUUCGUUUAUCAAACAAUCUGAAUGUUCAAUUUUUCAAGUAUGACCACUUACAAAGAACACGAACGAACAUCAACACUUGGUUGUAUCCAAAACCGAGACUAUAAUCCGGAAAGUGUUUGGUUUCUCUGCUACCUAUCUUUUUUUCUCUAUACUUUCUUGAUCCAAUACCUGUUUGACAAAUUAUUUUUUCAACAGUUCACCAUGCCAAAACUUUACCACUUUACCAAUACUGUUAAAUAUGGGAGGUUUUACUAUUUCCAAUUUUCAUUAUUUUCUACCUUUUCAACUACUUUUAUAUUCAUUACCGUUGGGAAUUUCAUGGGUCAUAAUUAAAACUUUCUUUUAAGACCUUUAUUAUGUAACGAUCUUACAUGAAGAUUGUAUACUUAUAGUUUGCAUCUAAGUUAUUCAAAGAAGACAAUAAAUCAAAAUGAAUGAAGUUAUGGACCAUAAUGAAGAAAUAGAUGUAUUGCAGACGUAUACUGCAAAUGACUUUUGCAGAUUAUGUGCAAAUAUUGAUGAUAACUUGGUAUCUAUAUUUGCUGAUGAAGGUGUUGAUCAUAUGUUGGAGGACAAAAUUAGAACUCAUCUUCCAUUUUUAAACAUUUCUGAAAAUGAUGUAUUACCCAAAAGAAUAUGUUAUCAAUGUGCAUCUGCUGUACUUGUGUGGAGUGAGUUGUAUGUAUGCAGUGCUGAUGCUGAUCAAAAACUUAGAAGUAUGUUUGAAGUUGCUUCAUUUGAACAAAAUGACUGCAAGACUGGAUCAUACAAUGACAUAGAUAUCGAUGUACCAGUUAAAAAUUUUAUAGGAGAUUCAAUAGAAUAUGAUGAUAUGAAUAAUGUCAACAUGUUUCAUAAACCUGAAAAAUCGGACAAAACUUUAAACGAAUUAGAUAAAAUUCCAAGUACUUCUAAAAAUGAUAACAUGUUGAAUCAUCAGCUAAAGUCAUCUGUAAAUUCCGGAGAUGAAACAUUAAAUUCAGGAAUGAAAAGGUACAUUGAAUUGAGAGGAACGGAUCCAACAUUGAAAAGUGUUACUACUAAAGAAACUUCACUUUCAAACAAUUAUUCCUGUUCUUUUUGUCCAGAAAAAUUUCUGAAGAUCAGAGAUAAAGUUAAGCAUGAUCUCUAUGUUCAUGGUUUUCAUUCAAAUAUAUUACCAAUAAAGUUUGUUAACUUUGAUAUGAAUAUGGACAAUCAUGUGGAAAAAAAUAUUGACAAUAAUAUUUCAACCAUUGUUGAUUUAAGUGAUGCUAAGACAAAGAACUGUAAUUUUAUAUGUAUUGAAUGUAAUUUGUCUUUUAAUACCUCACUUGAAAAGUCAGAGCAUGAUCAGGAACUACAUAAUAACACUCACAUACCAAUUCGACGAAGUAAACGUGCUGUUGAAAGUAUAAAUUAUGGUGAAAUUUUUGAUGAAGAUUCUGAUUUGGAUUUAGGUAUAAAAUAUACUCCUUCUAAGUCAAUACCAUUGAGUAGUAAUAAUUUGAUUAAAUCAAAAACUAUUGAUCAAAAAAUUGAUUCUGAUUUAGAUUCAGAGAAAAUUAUACAAGAGGUAAGAGAUGAUUUAAUAGAUUCUGAUACAAAAUCUAAAACAUUCAAAUGUUACUACUGCAAUAAAAAAUUUACUAGCAAGUUUAUGACUUUAAAACAUGUCCGUACCCAUAUGCUUGAAAAUAAAAAACCAAUCUUAAAAAAUGAUAUUUACGAUAAAUAUAAAGUUAUGAUAGAUGACAAAUUAUAUUACAAAUGUGAUCAAUGUAAUUAUGCUGUUGAAGGUAGAAGAUAUAAGUUUGUGUAUCAUAUGAGAGUUCACACAGGUGAAAAACCAUAUACAUGUGAAAUUUGUAGUAAACAGUUCCGCACAGCAGCAUUUUUGAGACGUCAUAUUAUAUGUUUUCAUGAAAAAAUACGGGGUUAUCAGUGUGACAUCUGUGGACGUUCAUUUUCUGAAAAACGUAAUGUUGAUGAUCAUAGACGUACACAUACUGGAGAAAGACCAUUUGUUUGUGAAACAUGUGGUAAAAGUUUUGCUCAACGAUCCUCAAUGAAAAUUCACUGGAAACAAAUGCAUGAAAGUAUUAAAUCUCAUAAAUGUCAGUAUUGUGAUAAAAGUUUUAUUAGAAAAUGUCAUUUGGUUGCACAUUUAACUCAUCAUACUGGUGUACGUAACUAUGUUUGUGCCGUAUGCGGUAAAGCAUUUCUACGUAGUGGAACUCUUAAAGGUCAUACAGCAGUACACAGUUCAGAAAGACCUUUUCGAUGCACUAUAUGUGGUGACUCAUUUAAAUUAAAAAAACAUUUAAAACAACAUGGACGAGUACAUGGAACUCAACAAACAUAUACAAACGUGUCUCAAUUGGAUUAUAGUUCACCUGGCAUUGAUCAUCGAGGUUCUCAAUAAUACAUUUUAUUGAUUUGGUAUCUAAGAACUUACGUUUGAGAAAAAUAUUCCAUAUUUAUUUUAUUCUAAAGUUAAUUUAUAAUUAAUGUAACUAGUACAAUUCUGACCAAAUUUAAUGAAUUGGAUAUGUGUAUCUAUCCACAGUAUAAAAUAUCAUCCAGUGUUAAAAUUAAUGGCUAAAGUAGCAUAUCGUUACACUAAUGACAAUACCACUUAUCUAAAUUUCACCAAUUGUUCAAAAGAGUGAAAAAACUGAAUAAAUAUUAACAAAUAUUAACCUCAUAGUUUUAUCAAGUUUAGUAUCAAGGCCGUAAUGGAAAAAAAUUUCGGGGGGGGGGGGGAAAAACAUUAUUAUUUUAUACAAUUUAUUGUUAAUAAAUUAUAUUCAUCGCUAAAAUGUUUCUACUUUGAAAAUUUCGGGGGAGUCUAGACCCCUGGACCCCCCCAGUUACAACCUUGUUUAGUAUAGAUUAUACUAAAUAAUAUAUCCAAUUUGGAAGGGAAAUAAUUUAAUAAUUUAUUUUAGGUUAUUAUACAGAAAAUAAAUGUUGGAGAAUGAGGAGAUAACAAAUAUUUUGACACCAAAAACUCAUUUUAUGUAAAAUGUCAGUUUUGGGGUAUUGUCAUUAGUGUAACGAUAUAUGGAUCAGAGACACUUUACAUGUAUCUAGUGACUAGAGCAGUGUUUCUCAACUUUUGUAUUAUGGUGACACACUAUUAAUAUAUUCCAUACUUUGCGACACAACAAUAAAAAUAAGAAUAAUGGGUAAUAUUAAAUAUUUAUAAUUAAUUAAUUAUGUAAAAUAUAAAUAUACUGUAUAGCAGCGGUUCCCAAACUUUUUUUCAGCGGUGCCUUUUUUUGGACCUAAUUUAUCCACGGUGUCCUGCUGUGAACUACAUUACAGAACAAAAAAAAACCUAUUGAUAACCAAUUUUAUUAAUUUUCUUAAAAUUUAAUUUAA